AUUGUAAUCUUGAACAUGGGCGGUGCUGUGAGUGCUGGUGAGGACAACGAUGAGCUCAUUGACAAUUUGAAGGAAGCCCAGUACAUCCGGACAGACUUAGUAGAGCAGGCUUUCCGAGCUAUCGAUCGAGCAGAUUAUUACCUUGAAGAAUUUAAAGAAAAUGCGUACAAAGACUUGGCAUGGAAGCAUGGAAACAUUCAUCUCUCAGCCCCUUGCAUCUACUCAGAGGUGAUGGAGGCUCUGGAUCUGCAGCCUGGGCUCUCAUUUCUCAAUUUGGGCAGUGGUACUGGCUACCUCAGCUCCAUGGUGGGCCUCAUUCUAGGUCCUUUUGGUGUGAACCAUGGGGUGGAGCUUCAUUCAGAUGUGACUGAGUAUGCCAAGCAGAAACUGGAUGUCUUCAUCAGAACAAGUGAUAGUUUUGACAAAUUUGACUUCUGUGAACCUUUGUUUGUAACUGGCAAUUGCCUAGAGAUUGCUCCAGAUUGUUGUCAGUAUGAUCGUGUGUGUUGUGGAGCAGGUGUGCAGAAAGAACACGAAGAGUACAUGAAGAAUCUUCUUAAAGUUGGAGGGAUCCUUGUCAUGCCCUUGGAAGAGAAGUUGACCAAGAUAACACGCACAGGCCCCUCUGCUUGGGAAACAAAAAAGAUUCUGGCUGUUUCCUUCGCCCCUCUGGUCCAACCCUGCCGUUCGGAGUCAGGACAACCCAGACUUGUUCAGCUACCACCACUGGCUGUGCGCAGCCUGCAGGACCUGGCCAGGCUUGCUAUCCGUGGCAGCAUCAAGAGGGCUAUGCGCCAGGAAGCCACCAGAGGAGGUGGACUGAAGAGCACACCUAUGUUUAAAAGAAGGCGACUUCGUCGUCGGCGAAUGGAGACCAUUGUCUUUUUGGACAAAGAAGUCUUUGCCAGUCGAAUUUCCAACCCCUCUGAUGACACCAGCUGUGAGGAUGCAGAGGAGGAUUGGCGGGAAGUGGCAGAGAGGACCUUACGGGAGGCCAAGCCUGAGCCACCAGUAAACUUCCUUCGCCAGAGGGUAUUGCGCCUCCCAUUGCCCGACCCCCUGAAGUACUACCUGCUGUAUUACAGGGAAAAGUGAGCUUGUGGGAGAGUGGGACCAGGAUACCCAGAACAAACCGCUGGCCAGGUACACGUGUCUUUUCCCUUCAUUGGUUCCUGACUAUCCUCUAAAACUUUCAUGCAAUGGUGUGAUUUAUUUAAGCACAAUCCAACAAGAAACUUCAUUGAAUUAUUUUCCUCAGUGGCGGGGGUGGGGUGGGGUGUGCAUCUUGUUGGUUUUGCUGUAAUUUGAACUCACUGGGACCUGCAUGAUAUCUGCUCCUCAUGCAGGCAAACUUAUACAUUGAGGCUGGAACUGAAUUGUAUUGGAUCCUGUGUGAAGCAAGGGGCAUGUUUGGAAAGGUGUGAGGGCAUCUUUGGGUGUGACAUACCACUAUUCAGCUUGAAUUUAUGUCGUGAUUCUAUUGCUGGCACUGAGUUCAUCUGACUUUUGUUGUUUUCUAGGUUGGGAAAUGUUGGAAAGCCU